GUGAGACUCCCCCAGGCAUAUGGCGGUAUAUAAAUUCAAUAAAUGAGUAAAUAAAAAAUGAAGAGGCCUCUCCCCUCCUGCCAUUUCCAGAAACCGGGAUUCAGAAGAAUGUGAAGCAUGGCUGCCGUGGAACGUAGCCUUCAGUCGCUCUUUUCUUUUGGAAACUGGCCAGUGGGACUCUGCUUCCUCAGAGCCCUCGCAGCAAACCUCUUUGAAGCCAAGAAGAGACCACAUGUGGGCUUCUCCCUGCCUCUCCCAGAGAGGUCAUCCGGUCAGCCUGCAUGUUUGGACAAGUGUUUCUGCCCAGGGGGGCAUGCACACUUUCAAAGAGUGGUGUGUCUCCUUUUUGUCCCAAUACCUGGGCCGGGAAACGGGCGCACUGCAGUCCAGCAGACCUUUGAGCACUGGCUCCCCUCGCUGGGUUUUUGGCAUGAGUAGUGCAAUGCCGCUGGCAACAGACACUCGAGGACAAGGUCAGGCAGGUACCAGUUGGGUUGGUUUCAACGGCAAAGCGAGUGGGCCUUUCUGGCCAAUGAGCGGUGCUCACUGGGAGGCCUCCUGGCAGGGGCUGUGGUGGCAGAGGUGCCUCUGCCCAGCCCGCUGGGGUUGGCACCUCCCAGGAACGGCAAGGGAAGUUAUUCAUUGAGAGCUCUGCAUUCCGGCCAGCUUGCCGAAAGCUUCAAGCCAAAAGCCGAAAGCUUGCUGAAAUCGGAGGCAGUUCUCCCUCCCCUAAAGUCAAUCAGUAACUCUUCUCAAGCGAGCCGGGAGGGACUUGCAGCAGCCCUGGCACAGAGGAGUGUGAUGUGCUUUCCUUAGUUUCCCUGCCUACUCCCUCCCUGUGCUCUCACCCUCUCCCACUCUCACGCACGCUCCCCGCCGCCGCCGCCGCCGCCGCACACUCCUCUGGCGCACAGAGCAUGCCUCUUAGCCCAGCGAGCAGCAAACAUGAGAUUCCGGAGCAGCAGCAGCAGCAGCAGCAGCAGCAGCAGCAGCAGCAGCAGCAGCAGCAGGAGAAAGCAGAGCAGCAGCAUCAGGAGGAGGAGGAGGACGAGGAGGAGGAGGAGGACGACGACGAGGAGCAGCGGCGGCGGCAGCAGCAUCAGCACCCGCCUGCGCUUCAGCACCAGCAGCUCUGCGUUGUCAACGGCGAUCCCGGGGAGAGCAGCGCGGCGGAAGGCAGCCUCAAGGAGGAGACCCUGUAUGAUACCAUCAAGCCCCCCGCCACCGCCGGCCCCGGCCCUUGCUCCGACAAGCUGGCAUCACCGCCCGGGCGGAUGGACGAGCCGGCGCACAAUGCCCUUGUCGUGCGCAUCGGGAUCCCAGACCUCCAGCAAACGAAGUGUAUGCGGCUGAACCCUGAUGUCCCCGUCUGGGUCUCCAAGCAGCGCAUCCUCUGCACCUUGAACCACAGCCUGAAGGACGUGCUGAACUAUGGCCUCUUCCAGCCAGCCUUCAACGGCAGGGCUGGGAAGUUCCUGGACGAAGAGCGGCUGUUGAGGGAGUACCCCCUGAACCCGGACACCCCGGUCCCUUACCUGGAGUUCCGGUACAAGAGGCGAGUUUACAUCCAGAGCCUGCUGGACGACAAGCAGUUUGCCAAGUUACACACGAAGGCGAAUUUAAAGAAGUUCAUGGAAUAUGUGCAGACGCUGAACGUGGAGAAGGUCAGCAGGCUGCUGGAGAAGGGACUGGACCCCAACUUUCACGACCAGGACAGUGGAGAAUGCCCUCUGACGAUGGCCGCCCAGCUGGAGUACUGUAUCGACAUGAUCAAAGCCCUGAGGAAUGGAGGCGCCCACCUGGAUUUCCGGACGCGGGAGGGAAUGACGGCUCUUCACAAAGCCGUCCGGUGCCGGAAUCACACUGCCCUGAUGACGCUGUUAGACCUGGGUGCCUCUACAGAUUACAAGGACAGCCGUGGAUUAACGCCUCUGUACCACAGUGCCAUGGUCGGAGGGGACCCCUACUGCUGUGAGCUCCUCUUGCACGACUACGCCAAGGUGGGCUGCAUCGACGAAAACGGCUGGCAAGAAAUCCAUCAGGCCUGUCGCUAUGGGCAUGUUCAACACCUAGAGCACCUUCUUUUCUACGGGGCGGACAUGACAGCGCAGAACGCAUCCGGAAACACAGCUCUCCACGUCUGUGCUCUCUACAACCAGGAAAGCUGUGCUCGGGUCCUUCUCUUCCGUGGUGCAAGCAAGGAGAUCCGGAACUACAACAGCCAGACAGCAUUCCAGGUGGCCAUAAUUGCGGGGAAUUUUGAACUGGCUGAAAUCAUCAAAACCCACAAAGAGUCCGACGUUGUGCCUUUUAGAGAAACUCCCAGCUACACGAAGAGGAGGCGGAUCAUCGGCAUGGGCGGCCUCUCCUCCCCCCGCCUGUUGCAGCGGUCUGCCAGCGACAACAAUUUGAAGUCCGAGAGCCGCCCGUCCUACUCCCCAGUGCCCUCGCUCCGCGGCCUGCCCCAACAGCUGCUGGCUCAGAUGCAGGAAGCCGCUGUCGGGGUGGGGUUGGGGGACAGUAGCCUGGUGAGCACGGGCAGCUCCCGGAGCGCCCACAGCCGCUCCCCGUCGCUGCAGCGUGUGCGGGAAGAGAAGGAGGCCGAUGCCCACACACUCAGGAGAAGCAGCCGCGGCAAGGCCAGCCCCAGCGGGAGCGGCAGCGGGCCGGGGGGCGCGCCGGGGGCCGGUCCGGGAGUGGAGCCCACCCCGCACGCCGCGCCGGCCCCGCUGCGAGGGCCCAAGAGGAAGCUGUACAGCGCCGUGCCCGGCCGCAAGUUCAUCGCCGUCAAGAGCCACACGCCGCAGGGCGAGGGCGAGAUCCAGCUCAACCGAGGAGAAGCCGUCAAGGUGCUCAGCAUCGGAGAAGGAGGCUUUUGGGAAGGAAGCGUGAAGGGGCGGACGGGCUGGUUCCCGGCAGAAUGUGUUGAGGAGGUGCAGAUGAGGCAGUACGACUCAAGGCAAGAAACCCGAGAAGACAGGACCAAGAGGCUCUUCCGACACUACACUGUGGGCUCGUACGACAACUUCACUUCUCACAGUGACUACAUCAUCGAGGAGAAGGCGGCCGUCCUGCAGAAGAGGGAGCAUGAGGGCUUUGGCUUCGUCCUCCGGGGCGCCAAAGCGGAGACUCCGAUCGAGGAGUUCACCCCAACGCCCGCAUUCCCGGCUCUCCAAUACCUGGAGUCCGUGGACGUGGAGGGUGUGGCCUGGCGAGCAGGACUUCGCACGGGAGACUUCCUGAUCGAGGUGAACGGUGUGAACGUGGUGAAGGUUGGGCAUAAGCAGGUGGUGUCUCUCAUCCGCCAGGGGGGAAACCACUUGGUGAUGAAAGUGGUCUCUGUUAGCCGCAAGCCAGAGUCAGAGGACAUUGUUCGGAAGAAAGCCCCGCCGCCGCCCAAGAGGGCCCCCAGCACCACCCUGACGCUGCGAUCCAAGUCUAUGACCGCCGAGCUGGAGGAGCUGGAGAAGCUGGACGAGAUCUUGGCAGCUGCCGAGCCCUCGCUGAGAGCGGACAUCGUGGAGGCAGAUUCCAGGGCAGCCACUGUGAAGCAGAGACCCACCAGCAGAAGGAUCACUCCUGCGGAGAUCAGUUCUCUGUUUGAGCGACAGGGGAUGGCGGCACACACUGGUCCGGAGAAACCCCACAUUUCCCUGCGCAAAGGAAUUCCACGGACAAAAUCUGUAGGUGAAGAUGAGAAAUUUGCUGCUUCCCUAAUGGACGGGAAGUUCCCCCGGAGCACCUCCAUGCAAGACACAGUCCGGGAAGGGCACGGCAUCCCACCCCCGCCCCAGACGGCCCCUCCCCCUCCGCCAUCCCCCUAUUACUUUGACACGGGCCCUCCCCCGUCCUUCUCCCCCCCUCCGCCCCCGGGAAGGGUCUAUGACACGAUCCGCUCCAGCUUCAAGCCGGGCUUGGAGGCCAAGCUCCACGGGCUGCCGCAGGUGAUCAGUGCGGCCGAGAUGUACGACCAGGCAAGGACGCCCCUCCCUUACCCCGAGCGGCAGAAGCGGGCACGCUCCAUGAUCAUCCUGCAGGACUCCUCCCAUGUCCCCGUGGAGCCCACCGACAUCCCCCGCCCCGCCCCCUCGGCCACCCCGCCCGAGAAGCUGAAGCGGAAGGGGCGCGCUGUGGACAACCCCUACGCCAACAUGGGCCAGUUCAACGUCAGCCUCUUCACCCCCGCCAAGCCCCAGAGGAAGAAGAGCCCGCUGGUGAAGCAGCUGCAGGUGGAGGACGCCCAGGAGCGGGCAGCCCUCUCCAUCAUGGGGGGCUUCACGCGGGAGCCGUCCCCCACCCGGCGCAGCCACCGCCUGGGCAUGGAGUACCAGCCACAGCAGGUGGACGCCUCCAGCCUCCCCUUCGCCACUGCCAUCGCCGGGGUCAUGAAGGACAGAGAGCGGCGCCUCGACGAAAAGCGGAAAUCCACUGUCUUCCUCUCGGUCGGGGCCAUUGAAGGCAGCCCCCCCACCAUCGAGAUGCCAUCGCUGCAGCAGUCGAGGUCGAUAGACGAGCGGCUCCUGGGCAGCCGGGACGUCCUUCUGCCUUCCCCCGUCUCAGCUUUAAAGCCAUUGAUCAGCAGCUCCUCGUCGACGUUCAUCCACCCUCUCACGGGGAAGCCCCUGGAUCCCAACUCGCCUCUGGCGCUUGCGCUGGCCGCAAGGGAGCGGGCGCUGUCCACCCAGGUCCCCUCCAGGGCACCCACCCCCAUCCACAGCCCGGACUCGGACCGUGCGGCGCCCCUGUUUGUGGACAUCCAAACCAAAGAGCACGAGAGGGGAGAGCUGGAGGGAGGGGCCCUUGCCUCGCCCGCCUACUCACCCGGGGUCAAGGCUCCCACACCAGGAGUCUUGUCCCCGGCGCAGAGCCACUGGGGGAUGCCAGCUGCGGCGAGGAAAGAGGGCGAGGCACGGGCCGAGACCCCCGCCAAGGAGGAGAGGAAGGCGGAGGACCGGAAGUCAAUGAUCAUCAGCAUCGUGGACACGUCACAGCAGAAGACGGCCGGCCUCGUCAUGGUCCAUGCCACAAGCAAUGGCCAGGACCUCGGUCUUGAGGUGAAAGAGGAGAAGCCGCCCAUUCCCGAGGGGGGCCGGGAGCCCACGGAGGCAUCCCUGGCCGAGGCACAGCCCAGCCCUGUGGCUGGGGUGGCACCUGCCAGCCCAGUCUCUGACAAGACCCUGGGUCAAGGGAGCUCAGAGGAGGAGGCAGAGCCUUACACGGUCACCCUGCCACCCGCCCAGCUGUCUUCGAGCGACGAGGAGACGCGAGAGGAGCUGGCCAAGAUUGGUCUGGUUCCUCCGCCAGACGAGUUUGCGAACGGGGUCCUGGUCACCACCCCCGGCACCCCCAUCAGCCAGCUGGCCUCUCCCGUCAUCGCCACGCCAUCCAUGCCAGCGGCUGCUGUAGCACCUUCUACCGCUGGUGGAACACCCUCAGGGAAGCCCUCUGAUGCCCCCACGGCCCCAGAGUCCGCGGCGGACUCUGGAGUGGAAGAGGUGGACACCAGGAGCUCGAGCGAUCACCACCUGGAGACCACAAGCACCAUCUCCACCGUCUCCAGCAUGUCCACGCUGUCCUCCGAGAGCGGGGAGCCCACCGACACCUACACUUCCUUUGCGGACGGACAAACUUUUAUACUCGAGAAGCCACCAGUGCCUCCAAAGCCAAAACUCAAGUCCCAGCUCAGCAAGGGGCCGGUUACUUUCAGGGACCCUCUCUUGAAGCAGUCUUCGGACAGCGAGCUCAUCUCCCAGCAACACGCGGCCAUGCUGGCUUCCGCCAGCAUCGGCCGGCCACGCUACCUCUUUCAGCGAAGGUCCAAGCUGUGGGGGGACCCCCUGGACAGCAGGCCGACGCAUGGGGCUGAGGAUGACAAACCAACUGUGAUCAGCGAGCUCAGCUCCCGGCUCCAGCAGCUGAACAAGGACACACGCUCCCUGGGGGAGGAGCCCGCUGGGAGCAUGUUGGAUCCUGGGAAGAAGUCCCCCGUGGUCGCAGCACGACUUUUCAGUAGUCUAGGAGAACUGAGCACCAUUUCGCAGCGCAGCUCGGGCACCACCUACACCGUCCGUCCCGGCAGCCGCUACCCUGUGACCCGCCGCACCCCCAGCCCGGUAAAGCCCACCCUGGAUAGGACAGACCCGCUGAGCUCCGUGCGUCCCUACGGGCUCACCCCGCCCACCAUCCUCAAAUCUUCCAGCCUCUCCAUCCCGCACGAACCCAAGGAGGUGCGCUUUGUGGUGAGGAGCGUCAGCGCCCGGAGCCGGUCCCCGUCCCCCUCGCCUUCCUCGGGGGGCCCCCUGCACGCCCUCCACCCACCUCGGCCCUUCAUGCAGAAGCCCCUCCAGCUGUGGAACAAGUACGACGUCGGGGACUGGCUGGAGAGCAUCAACCUGGUGGAGCACCGGGACAAAUUUGAGGACAACGAGAUCGAGGGCACCCACCUGCCGGCCCUGACCAAGGAGGAUUUUGUGGAGCUGGGGGUGACGCGGGUCGGGCAUCGCAUGAACAUUGAGCGGGCGCUCAAGCAGCUGGUGGACAGCUGACCGUCCUGGGCGGCGCUGCUGGCCGCCACCGCCGGGGCCGACCCCCCAGAGGGUGGAGUGGGGGCAGUUCUACCCCUAGACUAGCAAACAGGAACCAAAUGGCUUCUCUUUCUACUCUGGCCACUGCACUGAAGGGCGGGGAACUGGCGAGCGCCAACUCUCUCUUUCCCUCUCUCUGACACCCCAGGGUGGGCUGCGGUCCCUGGCACCCAUGCAAUCAGAGCCAUGAUGCCUCGGAGGGGAGCAAGAAUGUUGCAUGAAGAUGCCCUGGCUUGGCCCUUUCGUUGGGCAGGGUGGGGAAGCCUGGGCUGUAAAUCGCUUGAGGCACCUUUCCCCAAGAGAGUUGCUGCAGGACAGGGGGGCAGAAAGGGGUGCUCCUCCCAAGAUUUUGCACCCAUGUGGAGCAUGCUAGCAUAGGGUGGCAGGCAGGUGGCACGGAGGAGGAAGAGGGCUGUUUAGCAGGACAGGAACCCAUCAGUUUAGGCCCGCUGGGUUGAGGCAGGUGGAAAUGGUGUCCCAGAAGAGCUCUCCGCUAGCAGCCAUUGCUGAUUGUGGCUCUGGGGUGUGGCUUCACUGGCCUUUCCAGAGGUCAGUUGCCAGCUCGGAGGGAUCUUUAUGGCCAGGUGCGCAUCCUGCAGGUCCCAAUAGACCACCAUCAGUGGCUGUCCCCUGGGGAUUCCCGGGAAACUCAGCAGAGCGCUGGAGCUCUUGCUGGACAGCAGCUUCUGAGCGGGGACAGCGUUGGGACAGGCCCAGGGCGCACUCUCGGAGCAUUGCCCUGGCCACCAGGAGGGCAGGAAAGGAGACCUUUGCCCUAGGCUGCAUCAGCAGCCCUAUCUCCCCCAUGCAACAUACUUACAUAUUGCCCCCAAGAAGGUCGUCUCAUUGCCAGGAAGACCAGAAGAUUGCCAGGAAGACCAGGGGGAGAGAGAGAGAGAAAGGGAGAGUGAGAGCGCAACACUCACACAGAGAGAGAGAUGAGAAGGACCUGCCUUUUUGAGGACUCUGUUCCUUUUGCCCUGGUGAGAGGGGGACUGAAGUCGCAUGGAUAGGAAAGCAUGUUUGGGGCAUCCGAGGGAGGCAAGUGGGGAACCCAGCAGCUCCUGCUUUGCCAACGUUCGUGGGGGAGGGAGGGGAGGUCACGUUUUCUCUGGGGGGUUGUCGUGGGGACGCGUCGAAGGGAGUCUCUAUAAUCUCUGUGCAUUUCCAUAGAUCUGCUGGUGAUCCGAGCGAGGAGGUGCCAGCGCCGGGGGGAUCCCGCCCGCUCCGUCCUGGUCACUCAUCUUUUGCAUCUUUUUAAUCAGCUAUAUAUUUGAAAAGGAAAAAAAAGAACAAAUAUCUAUAUAUCUAUAUCUCUAUAGCCACCUUGUUUUGUUAUGGUUUACUAAAGCUAUAUCUUGCUAGAGGAGGAGGGGUGGGGGCCCUCGCUGCUCCUUCCUGCAACACUUACGGGAGUUUUUAGUGACUGACAAUGAAUGUGACGAAGAAAAAGAAGAAAGAGAGAGUCUUUUUAAAAGCUCCUUUCGGGCGCUCUGAAUUUUAAAGAAUUGCCGGGGUUGGGGUGGGGGUGAUAAAAAAAAAACAAGACAACUUUGCACUUGGUUUUGGGGACACACCAAGUCUUCCAUUCUUGCUGGGCAGAGCUGCAGGGCUGGUCCUGGGAGUGGCCACACCCCCCCCCCAAAAGUGCCCCUGCCAAUCUGUUCUUUGCUGGGGGGGAGAGAGAUACACCUAACCUUGGAAGUCCCAGUUGUGGAGGCAGGAAAAGUCAGAGGUAGAGCCACACCUUUAGGAAAGCGAUUAGGCUGUGGGUGGUCGCAAAGCCCCUUCCCCAAAAAUCCAGGCCCAGGUGCUGGAGGGGGCAGCCCACUGAACUGGGGCCAGGUAGGAGGUUCGCUCUACCUAUAGGAACACCCUGGCCAUCUGGGGAUUGCACCAACCCUCUUGUUGGUCUCUGCUAGUGAAGGGGGCUGCAAACCAGGGGGCUGCCACAGCUGAAAGGAGGGGUUGUUGCCGCCUGUGCAACUGGGUGCCUCUUAUUCGGUCAGCUGUGCUCCUUAUGCACUCCAUCUGGCCCUAACUGCACAGCUGGAGGUGCAACUCUGCUCCCACCUAAGAGGCAAGGCCGCCCUGAGCUGCCUUCCUCCAGCACCCUGAGCUUGGAGGGGGACCCCACACUUUUUUGCUGGCGACACACUUUUCAUACUGCCUUCCCUCUUUGGGGCCUAGAAGGAGGGAGUGGGUAGCUCUUUGACCAGAGAAAGCCCACUCCCUCAGAUACGCUUCUGCUCCACCUGUGGGUGCUGAUCUCCAUAUCCUUUUAUCAUUCCACCGUGGCUGUGUGUAGGCCCUUUGGCCCAGUCCAUGCAAGAAUGGUUGGGAAUGGUUCCCCUCCAAAGAGGGUAGGGGGCUUUGGGAAGCAGACUGCCAACUCCCGUGUCAGUUUCCUCUGUAAAAGGCAUUACUCAUAGCUGCCAAGUUUUCCCUUUUCUCGUGAGGAAGCCUAUUCAGCAUAAGGGAAAAUCCCUUAAAAAAAGGGAUAACUUGGCAGCUAUGGCAUUAUUUCUUCUGGUGCUAGAGGGGAGGAGAAGGGAAAUCCUCGCCAACCCUCACACAUCUCUGAACUUUUCGGAGUUUAUUUCAGUAGAGGAAUGGGCAAGCUAUCAGAGAGCUGGCCAGUCUCCUCACCCCAGGGCAUCCUCGCUUGCAAACUGCUCCUGCUGCUGGGCGAGGGUGGGGUUGCUGUUCCAAGUUUCUUCUCUGUAGUCAAGGCUUAGGGCAGAGCCUGAGGGGCUGGGGGGCUCUCCCUCUGCCCUUUCAGAGCAGCACUCUGCCACCUGGGAUUAAAUACUUGCCUAGUAAAAGAGAGUACCAAGUAGAAUUGCUCAUUUCUCUGGUGGGGGAGGACUGUGUGUGUGAGAGGGGGGGGGAACCAACUCAACAUCAGGAAGGAUUUGCACCUGUGUGGACUUCCGUGCCAUAGAGCUCUUAAAAGCACAGGAGCCUCUUCUGAGCUUCAAGGGGACUGUCAAUUCUACCCACAGUGGCCCUUGCACAGUGAUUGCCCCUUCACUGCCUCCGUAGCCAUGAUUGGAGGGAAGGCAUUCGACUCACUUGAAUGUGCAAUGUGAAUUGCACACUCUAGCUCGCUUCCUCCCUCUCACUCACACACUUUUUCACAAUAGUGGGAAGUUAGAAAGAUGGAACAAUUGUGCUCCAUCCAAAAUUUCGAACCUAUGGAAUAUAUUGUAACACAGAAAAGUUUGGCUUAACACAGGUGGUGGUUCCCUCCCGCCGCUGCCGCCAUUGCCCCAUUUCUCAAAGUUAUGUGGGGGGUUUUUUGUCUGUCUUUGCCUUAGCUACACAUUUCACUUUUUCACAUCUGAUUUCUAAAGAGCACAUUUGAGAAAAGGGGAAUAUGAAUUGACCUGGUAUAUUUGUAAUCCUUCCAAGCUUGUUCCAAGACUGUAACCUGUUUUACACCUGCUAUAAGCUGAAUCGUGCUUUCUGCUACCCACAGCAUUAUCUGAGCACAGAGCAUAAACACCAUCUUGGCACAUCAUGGUCCAUUACCCUAGUGCUGAAUAGUCGAGCGUUUAUAGCACCAUCUGUGUGGGUAUCGAGAAGCAAAUCCCACUGUGUUCAUUAGAGCUUACUCCAUGGUGUGUGUGUGUUUAGGAUCGUGGAAUUAGUCAGGUAUCAGUUUCUCCUUUUCAAACAACAGGACGUUGGGCUAUGAAAUGCGAAGCCACAUCACCCAGCACUGAGAACUACCAGCCCCACAAAACACCAGGUCAUUGUUGCCAUCUCUGUCAAUCCAGAAUCUGACAACUGACGCCCUACUUUGUUUGGAAUAAAACAGACGUUUGGAAGAGAAUUGGCGUAAUUCACGUAGGAAGAUAAGGCUAUCGGUCGCUAGUAGUCAUGGUGGCUCAGCUUGGCUCGGCUCCCACAGUUGGAGGCAGCAAUGCUUCUGGACACCGUUUGCUGGAAACCAUGGGAGGGGAGAAUGCUCUUGUGCUCUGCCCCUGCCUUUGGGCUUGCCAAUGGGGCAUCUUGGUGGCCACUUUGAGAACAGGAUGCUGGACUAGAUGGGCUACUUGCCUAAUCUGACAGGCCUCAUCUUCCAUUCCUACAAUCUAGGCAGGAAACAGGGCAUUGCAAGGUGGCCCUGAUCCAAGGCAUGGCCAGCAUCACCUCUGACGUUGCUAAAACCUAGGACCAUUUUGUUGUGCAGAGUCCUAACCUGGUGCUCUCCAGAGGCCUUGGCCAUCCUACGGCAGCACUGGUGGGGCUAGUUGUACUCCGAAACAUCUGGAGAGCACAAGGAUAAGGAAGGCUGCCCUAAAGCACAAGCAUGCGCUGUGUUCCAACAUCCCACCACCAUAAAUUGUUCUCUGAUGCUGCCACCACCAGAUCAUACCAUCUUAACAUUGGUUUGGCAUCGGCAUUCAUUGCCUGUUAGCGAAACUGUCCUCAGAUACCCAGCUGUGGAAUGACAAUAACCCGUAUACAUUGCCUUGGUCUACCUAACUCUUGCAUCAUCUAAUAUGUGCUCCGUGCAUGCCUUGCUGUGCUUCCCAAGCCCUUUAUAUUUGGGUACUCUAGCUGCAUGCGAAUAUACUGCGACUCAAAGGGUUUUGCAGGUGGCACCUCAUGCAGCAAUUCUCUCUCUCUCUCAAUGCCUUCUCUGGUAUCCGUUUGCAUUUAAAGGCGGACCUACCCGAGUCCCACUUGCCAAAAUGAGAUGUAAGCCAAAGCACAACCAUCCUUUGAAAUUUGCACUUCUACAAAUUUCGUAACGUAGUGUUCUCCAACCAAGUAAUGUGUGUAAAGAUGUAUGUGCUAGGUAGGGUAAAGUGUGCAUAAAAUGUGCUUGCUAUGCCUAAAAUAGCAUAAGAAAAUUGGGGGGGGAAUAGCUUUCGGAGGAAAAUUGUAUACAAAAAUGUGUUUGCAUUAAAACGCUGGUGAAUUUUCAUGCAGACUUCGUUACUGUUUUAUAAAAAAAAGAAGGCAUGAUUGAGAGAUUUGCUCGUUCCCUCGUCCUAACCCAUCCUCAUGCUUUAUCAGUGUCUCAUUGAUCCCGUUCCACCCCCAAACCCCUCCCCUCACCAUCAAGCCACCCACCACUCCCCUGACCAGAAGGUGCCUCUCUGCCUUCCACAUUGAUGCAGGCCAAGCAUGUUCUGAGAAGGUCGUCUGCUCCCAUCACAGCACUUCAGAGGUCUGGAGAAUGGGCAGCAUGAAAGGUCAGGCGCUCUCCUCUCCCACCAGCUGCCCUGCGCUUGCCUACUUCCGUCCACCCCAAUAACUCACCCUGGCCCCCACAUCACCUUUGCCUUCACAGUUAAGUUGCAUGCCAACCCGUUUAAUGCCCAACCUGGCCAUCUGCCAUCGAUGCUUUAGUUGACAUUCCUGCAUCACGGGGGGGGGGGGUAGAGGAUGCUUGACGUCUCUUCCAACAUUUCAGUGCUUUGGUCACGCGAGGGGAUUGUUUCUGCUGCCUUGCAAGCCAGAGAUGGCAUUUGGUUCUCCAAGACACCCCAGGCCCACAGUAGUUCCACCGAGGCAGCUACCUCGGUUGCUUCCCUCUAAUGUCUCGUACCAGUUGCUGGAAACCACAGGAGGAGGGAGAGUGCUCUAGUGCUCAGGUCCUACUUGGAGGUUAACUGCAGGCAUCUGAUUGGCCACUGGGAGAAGAGGAUGCAAGACUAGGUGGGCCAUUGGCCUGAUCCAGUAGAGUCACAGUCUCAUGCCUGGUAACCCUACAGAAACGAGUGCCAUCUCCAGGUAAUAAGGGGGCACCAACCAUCCCUCUUUCCUUCUGGCUUCUGCUCCAUUGCGCUGCUCAGUCCCGCUGCAUGCUUGCCAAAGUUCGUUCCAACUGCAAGCCUACAUUUUCCCCCCAUCAUCCCCACCCUGCAGCCCAGCUAGUGCCUCUCACGUGGGCAGAGAAACGGCGACCAUUUUCAGCCCGCUGCUCUAGAAUGGCUAUGGGCGCCUCACUCGAUGGAAACUGACUGCCAUGCCACCACCACCCUACUCCCUCCCUCGUGGUACCUGCCGUCCGUGAGACCGGUUGGAGUCUCUCUGGUUGUCUAUUUGCCUGAGUGCAGGUGCCUUGUUGCAGCCCGUGCUGCCUGCCGUGGGCUCUGGGUCUCUGUCCCUUCCGCAGCUGCUUCUGGGACGACUCAAGGAGACCCUGCCCGCCCGCCUGCCUGCACACAGCCUCAUCCCGCAGAUGGAGGCUUGAAGACUGCAGAAUGGAACUUGUCUGCAGGAAGUUCACUCUAGGACUGGGAAAGCUGGACGCCUUCUUCCUCCCUCCCUCAGGAAAGCUCUCUGACCCUGCAACGCUUCUGUCCCCUCAUCAUGAGGGCUGGAGAACUGCAGGGUUCUUGCUUCCUGCUGCUCGUCUCGAAGGCCAGCUGAGCCUCCCCUUGCGCGGAGGCUGCUCAGCUUCCUCCCCACUAAAGCAGCUGCAGCCGUAACUGUGUUUGCGAACACUGCGUGAUCCCCUCGACGCUCAGCCCGAGGCCUUGCGCCUGAGGCCAUGGGGACACCACGGCUAAGUCCUGGUCAGGCAUAGCACAAAGGAAAGUGACGCCCAACCGAAAUCCUGCACCUGCCACAUUGUAACCUGAUGCUGGACCCCCUCCUUGAUACUGGUUGCUGUCCACCUCAUUGUGAAGACAUUCGAAUCCGAUGUAGACCACCUAAGAACAUCAGAAGAAGCCUGCUGGAUCAGGCCAACUGCCCAUCUAGUCCAGUAUCCUCUUCUCGCGGGGCCCAGAAACUUCCCUGUGGGGGAGACCAGGAAGCAGGACCAGGAAGGGCAAGAGCGCUCUCCUCUCCCAUGGCACCCAGCAACCUUGGGCGCCCAGUCCAGAAUGUGCUCUUGUAAGGUAGCAAAUAGGGAAACGCAAUGUUGAGUUUUGAGCCAGUGAACACAAGGGCUGAAGGAGACUUUAAAUCAUUUCGUCCCUCCUUAUGUUCUUGAAUUGAACUCCCGGCUCUCCCACUGACCCCAAACAAUAUAGAGUCCAAAUGCUUGGCCAAUGCACCCGCCAAAUCCUAUGGGAACACUUCAGAAGCCUCCCCUUUUUGCAAGAUUAAUACCCCUGAAAUAAAUACCACCCAGAGUUUGGGCUGUCUCAGGCUGAAACCCCUUUUGUGCGUUUCCCAUGGAGUAAGCCCUACUGAAGUCAAUGGGACUUGGAUCCGAGUCAACAUGCAUAGCUGUCCACCGAUCCUCCAGCAGGUUAGAUUCGUGAUUUCAGACUUGGCAACGUGUCUUCAGUUCUUCACAUUCUCCUCAUUUUCACUUUUUCAUUUGCGCAGCUGGGAAGGUUAAAGGCUCCAUCUCCCUCUCAUUACGGGGCAUUGCUCAUCGUUUUGACUCUGUGUUAAGUUGAUUGCAAUGCAGCUGCUAAAGUAGGACCAUUGCACAGAGCAAAUGGAAGCUCUGGUCAGCUGAGCUCUGUCUGGCUGUGAGCACAAAAAGUGUAUUGUGGGGGAAAGGGGUGUCUCUCUGAAGCAGCCCCUUUUGAUCCGGCCAUAGUUAAAAGAGUACAACGCUACUUCCAAAUGGUAUUCACGCCAAAUGGGUGGGGUAUAAAUAAUAGCAUUAUUAUUAAAUUAUUAAGAGAGUUUUCUGGGCUGGGAAAGCUCGCCUGGGUGGGAAAGCUUAGAAACAGCAUCCUUCUCCAGCCCUUGCCUCCAGCAGGAGCGAGAGAUCAGGGGCACAAGGCCCUCUUCUCCUUUGAUGGGGGAGACCUGAAAAAAUUCAAAUGGCCCACCCUCAAAUGAAAAGGGCCAGGGAGAACAGCCAGAGGCAGCAAGUGCCCUUGGGCGACAUCUUGCUUCCCAGGCCUUCCUUGGACAGGCUGCUUUUAGGCGGGCUGCAUCCAAUAUGGAGUUUUCCCACUUUGGGCAAGAGGGAUUGACAGGAGGGGGAAUCCUGAAGGACCUCUCAUUUGUGGCCUGAGAUGGGAGACAAAAGGAGAAAAUUGCCACAGGCUGUGUCUCGAGUUCCUUGUUCCGUAGCCUCAUGAGUCUCCCAUGUGAGUCUCGUGCCAUGUAAGCGGGGAAGAACCGCUUUUGUGGUGUUCCUUUCCAAGAUGGCAGCUCUGCAGAGGCCCCUGACAGCUCGGUCGCUUGACGUUCCCUCUCUGUUUCAUUCCCAGCUGAAGCAAAAGGACUCUGGCUGGUCUCUGUAGAUAGAUCUGUCUGGAUAUUAUCCUACCCUCCUGGGUGAGGUGACCCCAAAUCUCUCUCCAGGGCAUUCCAUUCCAAAAAGCCAUUUCGGGGAAGGCAGGGAAAAGGAGCCUGACUAGGACAUCUUAAGUGCGAGGGUCAUCCUGGGAACCAACCCCGCCCCCUCCCCAGUAUUGCAGCAGUGGGGGGGGGGGGCGCAGGAGGCGAUAACAGCAGCUGCACACGGAGCUAACUGUGAUUUCUCAUUGGCUUCUCAAUGACUUUUGUUACCUUCUGUACAAAAUUGGGGACAAGGUUUUAUUUUUUGUUGUUGCUCUGGAAAUAUUUUUAUUUUGUUUUCAGGGUGUUGGGUUUCGGGGUCCUGACUCAAAUCUAUCACUUCUCUGUACUCCUCCAUCUCUAGACUUUUAAAGCAAGCGAAGCAUCGC